AUGCAAAAUGUAGAAAAUGAAAAAUUAGUUUAAGCUAUAGAUGAUAAUAUUUAUUUUUAAACUAUUGAAUAUCGUUUAAUUGUUUUUGUUUAUGAUUUGCAAAGUUCUUCUUUGACCUUAGUAGAUUAGUUAUCUAACAACGGUUCUUAUUUGAUAAUAAAUAAUGAUCUUGUAGUGACUUUGUAAUUUUGCAAUUAUGAUAAAAGUUUUGUAUUAUAUAGUAGAAAACAAAAAGCAAAUUAAGUACUUAUUGUGGAUAUUUUAUAAGAUGAGAGUAUUAGCUCAACUUUCUUAGCAAUAAGCAAAUAGUACUUAAAAUUGGUAUUUAAAGUUUAAUUUGCAAUUGGUUUUAUUAAUUUAAAGAUUAUAGAUUUAUAAACUUUUAAAUUUUAUCAAAUUGAAUAAACUACAGUUAUAGCCUCAAAUGAAUAAAAUUUUAUAGCUUCAUAUUUACAGCAGUACAUAGUUUACAAUUUUAUUGAUCUCUCAACCUUUAACCUAUAAAUACCUUUUUCUAUAGUUAUUUUAAAUUUCAAUCUUCUUUAAAUUUAGAACAAGACUUUUAUGAUGAUCUAAAAUAUUCAAAAAUAAGUAUUUAUGUACAAUCUUACUGGUCAGUAAAUUACAUAGCUUGUCUUGUAAGCUUCAACUGAAAACAACUAUUCCUUAAUUAAGCAAGAAUAAGUUAUGCUCUUUCAAUCCGCAAACAUAAUUAAUAAAUAUAUUAUAGGUUAAAAUUAUUAACAAAUUAAUAUACAAUGUUCUGAUUUUUAUUAGUCAGCUAUGCAAUUCCAAUCAAGCACUGUAUUAAUCUGCUAAAAUUAAAUGGUAUUUUUUGAUUUUAACACAAACGAACAAAUUUUAAGUGAUUUUUCAAAUAAUCCGGAUGGUUUAGCAUUUGUAUCAAUAGUAAGAGAUAGAUAAUUAUUAGCAAAGAUAGUUGGUCAAUAUGUUGUUUUAGAUCUCUAGCUUAAUAUCAAGCAUACAUUCUUGAACUAGACUUAAGUAUUGUAUAUUCCUGAAAUAGAUGUAUUUAUCUCAUCCGAUUAAAAUAAUUAAAUUAUCUUGCAUAGAAGAAUUGAUUACAAAUCAUAAAAAUUAAAUUUAUUUUUUACUAAUAUUCAGUAAUAGCUUAGUUACGAAGCUGUAAUUGAGUCUAAAAAUAGUAUAAUUAUUACAGCAAAGGAACAAUAUACAUAAAUAUCAUAUUUGUACAAUUAUUUCACUAAUUAAAUUAGUUAACUUUAAUUUCAAGAUAUGGCUUAUUACAAUUCAUUUAAUAAGUAUUAUCUGUACUCAUAAGAUGAUAUAAUUAUAAUAUUCUUAAAAGUAUCUUACACUAUAAUUUAAAUAUUAGAAAAUGGAUAGUAUGAAAUAUUAAAAUAUUAAAGCUUGUCAUAAAACUUUCUUUAAUUUGACAAUAUUAAUAAUCUUGGUUAAAUUUUUUAUAAUAACUAAAAUAAAUUAAUUAUUUAGCUUUAUAUUUAAAGUGAAGGUGUUAAUUCAUAAGGAAAAACUAUUUUAACUAUUUAUGACCUAGAUUUGAUAUAAAAAUGUUAGUACACCUUCUUAAGUAUCUAACAAUAUCUGCAUGUAUUAAAAGACUCAGUAAAAUUUAAUUCAAUAAUUUAAAUAAAUUUUUUCCCAAUUUUUAAAAUCCAUUUUUGA